UGGCUUUUGCCAUUCUCGCUUCCCUUGGUCACUCCCCGUCUUGGCGCCCUCGCCCUCACACUGUCUGUUACUCCCUCUUGGCGCCUUCCCUUCCCUUCGACGGACACCGUGCUCGAGUGCUCGACCAGACAACCGCGAGCAGACCAGUCGGCAGUCACCAGCCCAGACGCCAGUCGGCGCCGUCUCCCCUCCCUCGCCCAGCCUCAGUUGAGCAGGUGAACAAAAUGAUGAAUUUUGCAGCGUCGCUAUGCAGAAGGAUGAAUAUCAAGGAGCUUGUCUCAAAUGCUCCUGUUUACAGAAUCUCAAGUGAUGUCUCUGGAGAAGGAUUGAGUCUGGUUUUCAGACGAUGGGCUACCAAAAAGACAGCCGGAUCUACAAAGAAUGGAAGAGACUCAAAACCCAAGAAUCUUGGUGUCAAGAAAUUUGGUGGUGAGAGAGUAAUACCUGGAAACAUCAUUGUUAGGCAACGUGGUACCCAAUUUCAUCCGGGAAACUAUGUUGGAAUUGGGAAAGAUCAUACUCUUUUUGCGUUGAAAGAAGGUUGGGUGAAGUUUGAAAGAAACAAACUGACUGGUCGCAAGUGGGUGCAUGUUGAACCCAAGGAAGGUCAUGUCCUCCACCCUCUGUACGCAAAUGUGGCUGCCACUGAACCAAAAGUUGCUGCUUGAGUCUGAUGCACCAAAUCUUACAAAGUGACAAUGAAUUCAGGUUAC